AUGACAGAUAGUCUCUACCCAAGUGUGAGCAAAUAUAGGGUACUCCAAGAGGAUCCAAAGUGUACAGGCAAAUUAGGAAGAAUUGAGAGCCAUAAGAGAGUUCAAAUACUUUCGCUGCCUUCUAUUGUCAUAACCAAGUAUAUUCAAUUGAGUCACAGGUUCCCAGGAAUCAUAGGAAUCCAUGGUACGAUGACGUUGAAGAAUUUAGAAAAUAACCUAGGGAAACUGGAUGCUUCAGAUGGUGAAAAAUUCGAGUCUCUAAUAAGCGAUUUGCAGAAUGAUCAAAACAAGUUAUCAGAAGCUAUCAAUAGUCAGACUACCUUAUCUGUCGAACUUAUCGAUAAUUCAAUAAACCGUAAGUCAGAUUACUCAUAA